AUAAAGGGAAUAGGGCGGCUUCCCAAGCUCCAGCACGCUUUCCUGCAGCUGCUCCGCCUGCUAGAUCUUUGCUGGGACCUCGACUCACUUCCAUUCGAAAUGGACCCCAACUGCUCCUGCGCCACCGGUGACUCCUGCACCUGUGCCGGCUCUUGCACAUGCAAAGAGUGCAAAUGCACCUCCUGCAAGAAGAGCUGCUGCUCCUGCUGCCCUGUGGGCUGUGCCAAGUGUGCCCAGGGGUGUGUCUGCAAAGGGGCAUCAGACAAGUGCAGCUGCUGCGCCUGAGGUGGAGUGAACCAUGCUCCCAUGUGUACAUAGAGCCCUGUGGGCAAACCUGGAUUUCCUAUUCUUGUAUCCAGACCUGUUUGAAUCAUCCCUUUUUCUACGAAGCAUGUGAAUGAUAAUAAAAUGUGUUUACUUGA